GCUGUGUGGGUGAGGCACUGGCGGAAGCUUAUCACCACAGCUCACCCAGUGCUAUCUCAAGUCGUGACAUCCUGAGCUGAGCUGUUCCACCACUGAACAAGGAGCAGCAGCCGAUGUGAGCAGUGAACCCCGUCCCCCCUAGUGUGCCUGGGGGCUGUGUAACCGCCAAGAUGUUGUGCCAGCUGAUCUGGGUGCAGGUUAACGUGAUUAGCCUCACCGGGAAGGGUUAGAUACCCCCAGCGCUGGCUCCCUCCCAGCCUGAACUCCUAACACUUUGUCGAGUGGGGAUUUGAGGACUUUGAUAGACUCCCGACCCCCAUAGUUGUGACUUGUUACGGCCAGAAGCCUACCCAAUAUCCCCGAGAAACACCAAGGCCAUUUCCAUACAGGAAGCUGUGUGAGCAAUGGAUGGAGAUCAGAUCCGCAGGACUGAAUUUAAGGAGGAGGUGCUGAACUGCCCUGGCCAAUGGAACUGUGCACCAGAUCCCCUCCUGAAACAGAGCAACAGCACAAAUGGUGUGCUGGGUUUGUGUUUGUACUCCCAUGGGGCAGAAGACACGUGCAAUGGAACAGCACUGCUGAAAUCUGGACCGAUAUCUGCAUUGAAGAGAAAUGGUCUUUUACAGUCUCUCACCGCUGGAGGCAAUGUGUGUGAACAGAAAGCAGAGGUGAGUUUGGAGGUGUUACAAGCAGAGGCUGAGUGGGAUGCUUUGGAGGCAGCACAAACAGGGUUUCAGUUGGACGACCGAGAAGGUCUGGACGACACAACGGGAUGUACACCCCUCAUCUCCUUCAACGAGGCUCUUCAGCAUUUUCAGACCGCAGAUCUUUCUGAGUACAGAAAGAGGAUCCAGCCAACAGUGAGAAGGACCGGCCUCUCUGCCAUCACUCACUUUCUCUUCGGGCCGCCCCGAUUACACAAGGAGCUGCAGGAGGAGCGAUACCUGGUGUUCGCAAUCGCACAGUGCUGCCUGGAUAAUGCACAGAAAGUUCACAUGCGGGUGCUACAGACAAUAUACAAGAAGCUGAUGGGGGCAAAGCUGGACUGUGCACGAUACGGAUCUCACUGGGAACAACUGGGAUUUCAAGGCCUGGAUCCCAGCACUGAUCUGCGUGGGACAGGAUUCCUGGGCCUGAUGCAUCCUCUGUACAUGGUGAUGGAUUUGCAGACUCUGCCUUUGGCUCGGGAUAUUUAUAAACUCUCGCAACACGAGACGCAAAAUUUCCCUUUCUGCGUGAUGUCCAUCAAUAUAACCAGGCUGGCUAUCCAGGCUCUGAGGGAGGAAUGCCUCACAAAAGAGUGUAACCGACGGCAGCAGGUGGUGGCAGUGCUGAACGAUUUCUAUGUGGCCGCCUUCCUUCAUCUUUACCAGAUCUGGAAAACGCAACGCAAGACAAUCUGCGAUUCUGGCUUCGUCCUGAAAGAGGUGUCAGUGUUUGCCAAAAAGAACCCAAAACAACUGCUCAAGAGGCUAGAUUUGCAUUUGAUGGAGCGGCAGAAUGGAGGAGGGAUGACAGGAAGGGACGAGGACAACCAGACAACACCAAACAGGACAUCCUCCGGCCACACCAAAGACAUGAACUUUCUGGGCGUGUGUGAGCUGGAACCGGAGUCGGUUGGUGAGCUGCAGCUUAUCUGAAAGCUGAGCAAUAUAUAUAUAUAUAUAGAGAGAGAGAGAGAGCACACAGACAUCGCUGACACCUAGACUGUUUUCUUACUGCACUGCACAGGGAGCCCGAACUGACUGGACGUGAAUCCCAUUGUUUUAUGUGGAGUCCUGUAGCGUAGUGGUCAGAGCACUCGUCUCGCAAG